AUGGUCAAAUCUUCCUCCAAGCAAUCUUCCUCCAAGUCCAAGAGCUCCGGCAGCAAGUCCUCCAGCUCCAAGAGCAAGAGCACCGUCCCAGUCGACCGGUCCUGGCAAGACCCCACGCUCGACCGCGGCCAACGCUCAGCCCAGGGCUCGAACGGCAACUACCCCGUCGGCCGGUGGCUCACGGAGCCGGCGUGGCAGGAGCCGUUCAACAACAUCGGAGAGGUCCCCGCGGCCGGUUCGGCUGCGGGUUACGCCGGGGCGAGCCAGGGCUCGGGGGCCGCUGCUACGUAUGCUACAUCUCAGCACCGCCGCUGA